UUACCCAAACACUUCCUCAAACCAGAGAAUGUCUGCUCAAAACAAAAUAUUGUGUUUGAACACGUGUUACAUGUAGGCUAACAGUGUAGGGAUUUAAGUGUCGACUAAUAUGUGAAAGGUAGAUGUAGUUGGAUUGUUUUAAUAUGGAAUAAUCGAGUGACCAUGGAGACCUCAAGCACUCAGCAGCAACGCGACGAAGACGUCGUCAGAAGGAGAUAUUGUAAGAGAAGUAUACAGAAAAUGAAACUCAAAAAAAGAGACUCGGGACACAGGGAAAAUGACAGCAGUCAAAAACCCGAAUCUGAAGAAAUUCCUCCAGUGCCACAACAACUAGUCAACUUAAUCAGAAUGAAGGCUUUCAGAGAAAAGUUGAAGACGGCUGCAGAAAUGGAGUUACAUGAUCCUCAGCACUGCAGGUCAUGCCAGGUCAAACAGGCUGAGCUGGCACGAGAUGACUUCAUAAGGAGGAAGACGACACAGCUCCUGUCUCCCCUUCUGGAAGAAAAAAUCCAAUCCCACUUCCUUAAUAGAAACUCCAUUUGUCUGAUAGGAGAGGUAUUGAGAGACCUGCCUAGGCCGUCAGAUGACCCUGGCCUUGUCUGGAAGGCUCUGAAGGCCAGGGAAGUGGAACUGACCCAGCAGACAGACUCGAGCUGAUCCUGCCUUUUCCCAUGUUCAGUGGAAUCAAGCCUGUGACUUUGAUAUCCACAUUGACCUUGAAGGUAAAAACUACUGAAGGCAUUGUGACCUCAUUUCUAUACAUGAUCAUGUUGCUACAUUAGAUAUGUUACAGCUGAAUUGUAAAAAAAGUAUUUUCUACCUUGUUAAUAUGUGUUUAUUUGACAUACGUUUUGUAUUAUAUACAUAUGUAAACAACACCAAAAUAAAUCAACAUCAUGGUUACUUUAUGAAGGUAUGUCAAAUGAGAUGCCAAUGCAACGUCAAUAAACCAUCUUUAUUUUUCCAAUA